AUGAAAACCGAAAAGGACGUGUUGAAAGCAAAGAUAUGGACUGCAUCUGGAAAGUGUCACGACGACAAAAAUGAUCAAGCACUGAGUUCAAUCAAAUGCUUUAUCGAAUGCAAUGAAACACUAAGCGAGGAAAUUCAAAAACUGAAGUUAUAUAUUAACAAUCUAGAUCGUAAAUUGAAUGUGAUAAAUAAGGAGAUUUGUCAAAUGAAUAUGAUACAAUUCCAAAAAAGUCGUAAAGAUUUAGAACAUGCAAAACGAUCUCUGCAUCUUUUGGAGGAUCAAUAUGAAAAUCAGAUUCAGAUGGAAUGUAAAUUGACCGCGUUAAACCUGAUUGAUUUUGCACUAGAUCAAAUUCAAAUUGGUAUCGAUAUGUUUGAGAAAUUAGAUGCUCAAGGUAAAAACUUUAUGUAUGAUUUGGAUAAACGAAAAUUGGAAAUGGAAACACUUCAGCGGAUUAAAACUGCAAACGACACAAUGUGGGAAUUCCAUGAGAAGAAAUUUGUAAAACGAAAACUAACUGAAAUACCAAUGAAAGAAAUUAAAAUUCUAAACUACACCAAAGCGUCAGACAUUGAACAUGUCAUCGACAAAUUCCAAGAACAAGAGAGCUUAUAUUAUUCCUUCUCUAACCAUUCAAAUGAAAUCAGUUACCGUAUAACACUAUUGAACAAUUCCGUGGCGCGUCUUUUCGGAGAACUACAGGAACUAAAGAUUGGUAAUCGGAAUGCGCUAAGAUCACAAAAUGGCAUGAUUGAGAAAUUGGAAAAUAUGUUGAAGGUAAAGCGUUUGAAUAAUAUAAAUCUUAAAAGGAAGGCCAAUGUGCAAAAUGAACGUAUUAAAAAAUUAUUCGAAGGAUUGCAAUUGAUACGUGAUCAAACUCGUGUAGAUAUAUCCAUGUUGGCUGUCGAUUUCGUAGAUCAUAAGGAGAUUAAUAUUAAAGACAUACGUGAACAAAUGAAAUUAAUAGAAAAUCGUGUACAAUCGUUAGUAUGUGCUAUAUACAAAAUGGAGCGUCAAAAGAAUCGUGGCAUCUUCAAGAUAUAUCUUGUCAGAGAUUUAUAUAAAGUAAUUGAUGGACCGACAGAACUUGAUCAAGUAGUACCCGCUACACAAUGUGCCGAAUGUGCCGAGGGCGAUGCCAGAAAUGUAGACGAUGCAUGGAACGUUAAUAUCAUGCCCAUUAAAGAUGUAAAAAUCUGGGUGUCUGAGAAGGUUGGACAACCUGAGCUUCAAUACCGAUUACAUAACGUUAACCAAUGCCGUUUAACUCGCUCACGCUCUCGUAGACAAUAUUAA